UACCUCUCGCUCUGCAGUGCGGGACGACGAGUACGAUAAGGGUGGGAACUGUGUCGUAGCGGACGCCAUCUUCGUUGUGGCUUCGCAGAGAGGACGGUUGGUUGCGGGCUCCUCCGCUGCCUCGAGGCCAAAGACUCCAAGCGCCAGGCUAGGCCGUCUUUCUCUCUCUCUACUUUGGCGCCUGCGGAACGGAGCGACAAGGAGGGAACAGGCGAAAGUGGCGCCCCUGGAGGUGCUGCGUGGCGAUCGGACGAAGCUCGGGAGUACGUUCAGUAAAUCCCGGCCAAAAAGUUUUCAAGGUUCUUACGACUGGACCAAAUAGUGAAGUUUCUUCAAGGCAGUGACGGCGCACACACACUCUAAUUGAACGCUGUGUGUUGUGUUGUCGUUGCCGGAAAAGCUAAAGUAGGUGGUUUUGUUAUGUCACAGAAGAGGUUAUAGAAUUGUACUUUGUCCGUUCACGUUUGCUGUAUUAAAUUUUUUUACUUAUUUUUUGAAAAGUUGAGAGGUACAAUUAAAGUGAAAUAUGUCGAACAAUGGGUCAUAUAAUAAUGACCGCCCUGCCUCUGGAGUGGAAGCCGAAUUGGCUACUGAUCCUGCAUCUGGUGGAUUCUUCCAUUCAGAUUACAAGAAGCAUGAUGACUUGAAGCUGAUGCUGGACAGCAGCAAAGAUGGAUUAAAGCUUGAGGCCAUGAAGAGAAUAAUAGGGAUGGUUGCAAAAGGACGUGAUGCAUCAGAUUUGUUUCCUGCUGUAGUGAAAAAUGUUGUAUCCAAGAAUAUUGAAGUGAAGAAGCUGGUGUAUGUAUAUCUAGUAAGAUACGCAGAAGAGCAACAGGAUCUUGCUCUUCUAUCUAUAUCUACAUUCCAGAGAGCUCUUAAGGAUCCUAAUCAGUUAAUCCGUGCAAGUGCUUUGCGUGUCUUGUCUAGUAUCCGAGUUACUAUGAUUGUACCCAUAGUAAUGCUUGCCAUAAAAGAUUCUGCCUCUGACAUGUCAGCAUAUGUCCGGAAGACAGCUGCCCAUGCAAUUCCUAAACUCUACAGUUUGGACCCAGAGCAAAAGGAAGAACUUGUACAUGUCAUUGAAAAGCUUCUGUCAGACAGAACAACUCUAGUUGUUGGUUCAGCGGUUAUGGCUUUUGAAGAGGUGUGUCCUGAGCGCAUUGAUCUUAUUCACAAAAAUUAUCGUAAGCUCUGUGAUCUGCUCGUUGAUGUUGAUGAAUGGGGUCAAGUGGUGAUCAUUAACAUGCUUACUCGAUAUGCGCGGACCCAAUUCACUGAUCCUAAUGCAGAGGAUGAAGACCAUCAAAAUGAAGAUAACUGCACUGAUGAUAACGAUAAUUUCUCAGAUAGUGAUGGUGGAAAACAGUCUAAAAACAAGGGUAGAAAUGAUGAAAAAUUUAAAAAGACUUAUUCAUUAGAUCCAGACCAUCGACUUCUUCUGCGAAAUGCAAGACCUUUGCUUCAAAGCCGAAAUGCCUCUGUUGUAAUGGGUGUAGCUCAGAUGUAUCAUCACCUUGCCCCACGGUCAGAGGUAAUUUUUGUAGCAAAAGCUUUAAUACGUCUGUUAAGAUCUCAUCGAGAGGUUCAAUCAGUUGUCCUAAACUGUAUUGCAUCAAUGUCCACUCAGCGAAAGGGUAUGUUUGAACCAUUCCUGAAAAGCUUUUUUGUGAGGACAAGUGAUGCUACUCAUAUAAAACUAUUAAAGCUAGAAAUAUUAACUACUCUGGCUACAGAAACAAGUAUCUCAGUGAUUCUACGGGAAUUUCAAACUUACAUUAGCAGCAACGACAAAGAAUUUGUCACUGCUACCAUACAGGCCAUUGGAAGGUGUGCAGCCAACAUCAAAGAAGUAACUGACACAUGUUUAAAUGGCCUUGUAUCUUUACUUUCAAACAGAGAUGAGGCCGUUGUAGGGGAAAGUGUUGUAGUCAUUAAAAAACUUCUCCAGACCCAACCUGCUGAACAUAAAGACAUUAUUACACACAUGGCUAGACUUGUUGAUAAUAUCAAUGUCCCUGCUGCUCGUGCAUCUAUUUUAUGGCUAUUGGGAGAAUACUCAGAUCGAGUACCCCGAAUAGCACCUGAUGUCCUACGUAAAAUGGCUAAAAGUUUUAUCAAUGAGGAGGACCAAGUAAAACUUCAAACUCUGAAUUUAGCUGUAAAGUUAUUUUUGGUGAAUCCUAAACAGACGAAGCUUCUUUGUCAGUAUGUGCUCAAUUUGGCUCGUUAUGAUCCAAGUUAUGACAUCAGAGACCGAGCAAGAUUUUUGAAACAAUUUGUCUUUCCAUCAAAUGAAAAUGCAAAACUUGCAAAGAGUGCUAAAAAAAUAUUUUUAGCAACCAAACCUGCUCCUGUUUCAGAAUCACAGUUCAAAGAUCGUGAGCAGUUUCAACUAGGAUCGUUGUCUCAUUACAUCAAUACUCGUGCUGUUGGAUACCAUGAUCUUCCAGCAUUUCCUGAGGUAGCUCCCGAAUCAAAUAGAGGAGUAGCUGCUCCUCCUGACUGGCCUGAAAGAACAAAGGAUGCCAAAAGAAGAGGUGAUGCCUUCUAUAAUUCAGAUAGCUCUCCUGCUGAUGAAAGUGAAGACGACUCCAGUGAUAGUGAUGAUAGCUCCAGUGAUAGUGAUGACAGCAGCAGUGAUAGCUCCAGCAGCAGCGAUGAUUCUGAUAGCAGCAGCAGUGAAAGCUCCAGCAGCAGUAGUAGUGAUAGCACCAGCACAAGUGCAGAGUCAAGUUCUGAGGAAGAGGUGCAAAGACCUGCGAGAGCUGCUAGACCUACUCCUGCCAAACGCGUUGUUCAAAAAGCUAUAGAAUUGUCAGAGAGUGGAGAAGUCUCCUCAAGUAGUGAUGAAGGGAGUGAUUUACCAAGAAACAAAUCCAAGGGUCGCAAAAGCCGUCAGAGUGACACUGAUAGCAACUCAUCCAGUGGGGCAAAGAAAAAGGAAGUAGCGCAAAAAACAAAGACAUCGAAACAAAAUUCUGCUGUAAAAAAGAAGGAAAAGACAGAUCUUGACCUAUUGUUAGAACUUGAUGACUUCGGCUCAGCAGCACCUCUGAUGACACCCUCUCUUGGUGGUUUCCUUACACCUAGCUUACCAGCAAUGAAUCUUAUAUCAUCAGCAACUUCAUCAUCUGGUAUCCAGACAACCAGUCCAAGUUUCGUAGCACUGCGCAGCCAGGAACUUUUAAACAAAGUAACUGGUAGAGGUCUAAUGAUUACAUAUAGAUAUACAAGGUCGCCACAUCUCUUUUCUUCCAAAAUGGCAGCCAUUGAAUUGACCUUCUCCAACCAAGGAACAGAAGAAAUAACUGAUCUUAAGAUGGGAUCCAAGAAUAUGCCCAGUGGGCUUUCUGUGCAUGAGUUCGCACCUGUCAGCUCACUCUCUCCAGGAACCACUUUGUCUGGAACAAUCGGUGUUGAUUGGAACGACACAACUCAGCCAGCAUCUUUUGACAUAACAUGGAAUACUGGUGAUGAUGAGCGUAAGAGUUCAAUUAUAAUCAAAGCAAAUGUUGGUGAGUUGCUCACUGCUGUAACCAUGCCAGAUUUCCUUUUCCUCUCAGAGCAAGGAAAGUUACGCGGAAUGAACGAGCAUAGUGUAGAACUUAAACCCUCUACUACUUCAGCAGACCCAAGAGUUAUCACUCAGAGGGUAUAUGAAGCUGCAAAUGUAUCAUCUAUUCCCUCCUCUGAUUCAAAGAUUCUGAGAUUUGCUGCUCAGACACUUGCUUCACAAUCACUUGUUUUAAUCACAGUGAAAGUCAGUGAUCAAAUGUUGAACUUGUGUGUAAAUUGUGAAAAAAUGGUCAUUGGUUCUAUGCUUUGUAAUGAAAUCAAGAGUGUUUUGCGCCAAUAAAGUGAUUGGGGUAUUGCUAAUUUGUCAGACUGAGAUUUGAAGAAUAAUUCUUAAAACACAUAUGAAUCAAAUGUUAAUUAUUUUUACUAUUAUUAAUGUAUCUGUUACUCCCCUACAAAAUAAAUUUUAGAAAUCUGUUGAUUUUAAGAUAAAAGAACUGUGAUGCCUUCAAAUCUUUCUUAGGGUAUGGAACGAAGAAAUUAUAGGAUUACAUAGUUGUUGCUCAGUUCUAUCUGAAUCUCAUGCCUGUAAUUAUUUUAAGCCUCCAAAAGCUGUCAGUGCUUCCCCCAUUGCUUUCUAUGGUGUUGACUGAUUAUCUAGUUAUAUGUUUGUUACUGCAGAUAUGCUGUUGAGUAAAGUUGGGGUUAUAAAUUAAACUGA